AUGAUGUGGCUUAUUCUCGUGUUGGUGGUUGUGGUUCCCUUAUUGCUACUGUUUGCCUUCAACCGUUACAUGUCUCCCAACAUGGACACUUUCAGCAAGAUGAAUAUAGACUCACCUCCAGCCUCCGGAUUUCUGGGACACUUUGGUCAAACGUUCAAAAGAGGUUUAUUCCUGAACCAGUUGGAAAUGUAUAACAGAUACAAGGACAAAAAGGUGUAUGGAAUCUACAACUUGGGCAAGCCAAUUUUGAUGGUCAGAGAUCUGGAUAUAGUCAAAGACAUCAUGGUGAAACAUUUCAACAGCUUCGUGGACAGACGUGUAGUCUUUGAAUUCGAUCCUCCAUUUAAAGAGAACAUGUUGAUGCUAAAGGGGGAGCACUGGAAGCAUGUAAGAAGCAUGGUCAGUCCUGCUUUCAGCUCAGGCCGCAUCAAGAGAAUGUCACGCCAUGUGGAGAGAAUUUCACAGCGAUUGGUGAAUGUCUUACGUGGAAAGCAAGAAAGAAAUGAAGACAUUGAACUAAAGAAUACAAUUUCUCAUUUUACAUUAGAUGUUAUUGCAAGCACGGCUGUUGGCUUGGAAACAAAUACAUUGGAGGAUCCAGAUAAUAUUUUUGCUAAUCAUGCACUUAACUGCACUGUUCGUUUAUCAUCUGUAUACGUACUUCUUGCCUUUAUGGCUCCUCGGUUAUGUAACGUGCUUCGAAAAGUAGGUGUGACUUUGAUUUCCAAGAAGUCGCUUCAGUUUUUUGCUGACACUGUUGAUGCCGCCAUGGAAAACAGGAAGGAAGAAGGACAAGCGGGUAAGGUCAAUGACUUUGUGGAUCUCCUCAUUAAUGCUGAAAGAGAGCCUGGGCAGACGGAUAAAGCAUUGACAAGAUCUGAGAUACAUGGACAAGCGCUGGUGUUUAUCUUGGGUGGGUAUGACACGGUAGCCACCGUUUUGUCAUUUACACUGUUCCUCCUGGCCAACCACCCAGAUUGCUGCCAGAAGCUACAGAAGGAACUUGAUGAGAAACUUGGCAACGAAUCGCCCAACUACGACAAUGUGCAAAGCCUCACUUACAUGGACAUGUGUAUCAACGAGUCUAUGAGAAUGUUCCCUCCAGGAUUCCUCAUUGACAGAGUUUGUACAGAAGACACAGUCAUCCAAGGAAUUCCCAUCCCUAAAGAUAUGGUUGUCACAACUCCUGCCUACGCCAUCCAUCAUGACCCAGAUAUCUGGCCCGAGCCAAACAAGUUCCAGCCUGAAAGAUUCAGCCCAGAGAACAAAGAGUCCCGCCAUCCUUACGCCUUUAUGCCGUUUGGAAAUGGACCCAGAAAUUGUAUCGGCAUGAGAUUGGCUAUGGUAGAGCUAAGGGUGGCUCUGGCGUACGUCUUGAAGUCACUAACCCCUGUCACUUGUGAGAAAACUGUGUAUCCUGUGACCCUGAAAAAAUUUCAGCUCACUGCUGAGAAAGGCUUGUGGGUAAAAUUUAACGCAAGAAAAUAA